AAGGUCAGAUCAGAUCAGAUGAUGGUCCUUUUCAUGUCAGCCUGCUUAUGUGAUGUGCAAAGUGUCACCUUCAGUCACUCUGGCUCACAGCCUAUGGUCAGGACAAGUAGACUGUAUCCUUUGGAUAAUUUGGAAGCAACGCCUCAAGCUAAAUCAUGAGUGUUUCUCACGAAACCUGCCUCCUAGACCAGGUGUUGGAGCUGAUUAUGAAUGAGAAGCCCCCCAACUCCGCCAGCCUUUUCCUAAACGAGGACACUGACAAGCCACCCCUCCCUAAACGAGACCUCUGUUGGCGGCUACGUAGGACCAUGCAGGAGAGAGCAAACCACACCAAGGACAGGAUGAGCUCCAUCAAUAAGGAGAAUGUCAAGGGCUUCCUGAGGCACAACCUCUUUGUCCUCCUCACCAUCGCAGCCGUGGCCCUGGGUGUUUUGUUAGGCUUCGCCCUGCGGCCCCACAAUCUAACCAUCAGGGAGAUCAGAUACUUUGCCUUCCCUGGAGAGCUGCUGAUGAGGAUGUUGCAGAUGCUGGUUCUGCCUCUCAUUGUCUCCAGCUUGGUCACAGGCAUUUCCUCUCUCGACAACAAAGCGUCUGGGAAGAUGGGUAUGCGGGCUGUGGUCUAUUACAUGGUGACCACUCUGAUUGCUGUCUUCAUUGGCAUUGUCAUUGUGAUGGUCUUAAAACCAGGAAAAGGACACAGAGACAGCCCAGUGGCCUCUAGUGGUACCAUAGAGCCAGUACAAGCAGCGGACGCCUUCCUGGACCUCAUCAGGAACAUGUUCCCUCCUAAUUUGGUGGAAGCCUGUUUCAAGCAGUACAAAACGGUUUACAAGAAAACCAUCCACACCAAGAAUGUGACUUUUGCCCUCAACCUGACUGACUCCUUCAAUGCCUCUGAGGUUGCCCUGGCUGCUAACAUUAGCAGAGUGCUGCAGACCGUCCAGGAGACCGUUGUAGAGUUGAUCCCGGUGUCGGGGUCCUCUAAUGGGGUGAACGCCCUGGGGCUGGUGGUGUUCUCUAUGUGCUUUGGCCUGGUCAUCGGCAGCAUGAAGCAGCAGGGACAGGCCCUCAGGGACUUCUUCGACUGCCUCAAUGAAGCCAUCAUGCGCCUUGUGGCGAUCAUCAUCUGGUAUGCUCCAGUUGGCAUUCUGUUCCUGAUAGCGGGUAAGAUCGUGGAGAUGAAGAACCUGGCCGAGGUUGGAGGUCAACUGGGGAUGUACACUGUUUCUGUCAUCGUGGGUCUACUCAUCCAUGGCCUGUUUGUCCUGCCCCUGCUUUACUUCCUGGUCACCAGAAAGAACCCAUAUACCUUCAUCGCUGGACUGCUGCAGGCCCUCAUCACUGCCCUAGGGACAUCAUCCAGUUCUGCUACUCUGCCAAUCACCUUCCGGUGUUUGGAGGAGAACAACCGUGUUGACAAGAGAGUGACGCGCUUCGUUCUUCCUGUGGGCGCCACCAUCAACAUGGAUGGUACUGCUCUCUAUGAGGCUGUGGCAGCCAUCUUUAUUGCCCAAGUCAAUGAUAUGGAACUCAACUUUGGCCAGAUUCUCACCAUCAGUAUCACAGCAACAGCUGCAAGCAUCGGAGCAGCAGGCAUCCCACAGGCUGGUCUGGUUACCAUGGUGAUUGUAUUGACAUCGGUCGGACUGCCUACGGAGGACAUAACAUUGAUCAUCGCUGUGGAUUGGUUCCUGGACCGCCUGAGGACCACCACCAAUGUUCUGGGGGACUCUGUGGGGGCAGGCAUUGUGGAGCAUUUGUCUCGCCAGGAACUGCAGAGUCAAGAUGUUGAGGUGGGCAACUCCGUGAUCGAGGAGAACGAGAAGCCCUACCAGCUCAUCUGCCAGGAGAACGACUCUGUAAAGCACCGCAACAGCGAAACGCCCAUGUAGUUACCAGAACAGGUUUCAUUGUUUGUAGAUAUGGAAGAACUGAUCUGCAAACCCUGUAUGGACCGGACAAGGGUUUUGAAACCCUCAAUCAUAUCAACAACUCGUUUGGUUAUUUCAGUGCUAAGCUAAGUUCAUGGAUGUAUCUCAUUUGUCUAGAGGACGCUGAUAUGAAAGAACUAGAAAAGUGAAAUCCAAUUCACUGUGGAUAUUUGACCACCAUAUUUCUUUCACCUUUGAUACCAGUCAAAAGUUUGGACACACUUACCCAUUCACUUGAAUGGAAUAGGGUAUCUACACUUUUGACUAAUACUGUAUACUGUUUUUAUAUCAGUGCAAAUGAAAGCGGCGACCACCAUAGACUGUAGACUCUGUAUUCACUAUUGGAUACAUUUUCCGUAACAAAAACAAAUAAAUGGAAAGUCAGUUUGUAUACUUACAAUUAAUAAGCUGGUUUUGUUGCAUGGCUUAAUGAAAAAAAAAAUCUUAUUUCAGUACUUUUAGUAUUUCUGGCAUCAUGCAUUUGGAAUUUUUUAGCAGUAUCAGUGGCACUUCUGUAGUUGGUGGUUGUUGUUGUUUCUAUUGUGAAUCUACCUCAUAGUUAAUGUGUAUAUUCUCUUAAGACAUUUCAUUUUAUGCCCCAAACAUAUGUUUUUUUUUAUGUUUACCAUAUUGUCAAUUCAACAAACCUUGAUAAGAACUUUUCUACAGUUUUGAACAAAAAUAAACAGUGAUUUUCUAGGUAUAUACAUCAGUUUUGAUAUAAUGUAGUUUGCUUGAUCUCUGGUAAUUGCAUCGAUUUGAAUGUAUACAAUAUAUAUUUGUACUGAUAUCUGUAAUCAUAUUUUACACUUGGGUGAUUUCUAUUACUUAAUGAGGUUAAAUGUGGGCUGUUAAAAUACAGCUCCAGAAAAAAUUACGAGACCACUGCACCUUUUUCUUUCCUUUCCAAAAAAGUUGAAAAGGAAAGU